AUGCUCACAAAUAUAAUCUUUUACUCUUCGAUUGCUCUCUCACUCAUCAGUCUCAGUGUUCAAAAUCUUAACAAACGUACAGUACUUUCUGGACUUGGUGAUCUUGAUUACAGUUUUCUUCGGGCUCCAACAAGUCCAGCUGGACAUGGUGGUAAUAGAAAUCUAUGUCAUUGUAAUGGUGCUUCGCCACAAGAUGUUCUAACUGUAACAUACCAAGGUUCCGAAAGUCAAAAUCUUGUUUUAUGUAUGUGUCCUAAUGCAGUUACGGGCGCCAGUCAUAUGAUAGAUACAAUGGGAAAAGUCCCCGCUCCCAUUCGUCGUUACAACAAAGCCAUGAUCUCAGCAACUGCUGGGACGUGUGGAGGAGCUGGAUCGAGUGGAGAUGUUUCAUUCUAUUGUUCAAGUAAUAUGCAUGUCUCUGUAUUUAUUCAUGAAUCAGCACAUUCAAUGGAUCGUGGUAAGUCGGCAUCGAGAGAGUGGCACGAUGCUGUGGCACGAGAUUCAUGCGUACCUGAUGCUUAUGCCAAUAGCAACUAUGCAGAUAACUUUGCUCAAGUAGUUGUUCUUUGGGUUCAUUUGGUUGGUAAAGGACGUGACAAGGACUUAGGUGGAAGUCAAUUUUCGUGUAUGAGAAAUCAACUGCAGAAAAUGGCGGAAUAUUUGCCUGCUUCCAGUCUCAAGCCAUAAAUUAGCUUGUUUCAGAGAACCUUUCCAAAUAUUGGUGCUUGUAAGAAAUUUUUCUUAAUAAAAGAAACUUCAAUAAUAAAAAUUAUCAACAGCUGUAACAAAAAAAUGAUCAAAUCUAUUCGUGUAUUCUAAAUAUUUAAUAUCAAUACAUAGAUGUACUCAACUUAUUGUAAAACUGGAUAGGGUAAUUUACAGACAAAAAAGCUUUGUUGAAAAAUUAAUUAAAGAUUUGAAAAACAC